UUUUCUUUUCCCUCCAGGUCAACGUUAGGACCAACACUGGAACAGAUAUCCCUUACGGAUGACCAAGUCCUUAAGCAGCAGGAUCACACACAACAACAAGCAAUGCACCUGAUGCAGCUGGCUGUGUUUGUGCUUUAUUCUAUUCACAUUAAAAGUGAACAGUGGCUUCCCUUUUUCAAGAUUGUUAUGAAUAAAAAAUGUGAUCCACUUUGGAUGUGGAGUGAAGAUGAAUUGAAGGACCUUCAGGAUGAAAAGUUAAUCAAAAGAGUUUUUGUGUGGAAGGAAGUGGUCUCCCAGCUUGCUGCUAAUAUUGCCCCAAAGCUGAAUAGCUUUGGCUUGUUUGCUGGCAGUGACAUUGAACCAGAAACCUUGGUAAGACUUAUAACAUACUACAAUAUAACAUAUAUAACAACUUUAUUCAAUUUUCAUUUAGUGGCUAAUGUAGUUGAAUAUCUAUUUAUCAAACGAUAUUUUAUUUUUCAGGUGCACACUGUGUGUGCAGUUCAGUCAAGUAGCAUUAAUAUCACAAGUGACACAGGACACCCAGUCAGGACCUUAGUACCAGUAAGUUUAGGGAAAGUUCAUUUAAUAUGACAAGGGGGGGAUGAAGAUAUUGAAACUCGAAGCUUGAAAUUUUAGCAGCCCCCUCGCUAGCGGUUCAAUUUUUAGAAGCCCCCUCCUUGGUAGUCGAAAAAAUUUCAGACCCCCCCCCUCCUCCUUCAAUUCCUUUGCUCCCCUGAAAAAAGAUUGCUAGACUGUAUUAAAUAUAUUUACCGUUAUUGUCUUCAAUGGUUUAUACUAUGACAAACUUGAGAUACAGUUGUGAUACAAUUUUCUAAAGCAUUUUUGGGAUGAACAAGAGUGUAAUAAUUACUGAGACUACAUUUGUUAUAUCUGUAAACCACGUGAUAUAGCUGAGUUGCACAGGUCAUUAAAUUGUUGAGUUGAAAACCAUCCGAUCAGUAUGAUGAUGUCAUGUGUUGGUUUUGAAGUAUACAAAUUUUCGGAGCCCCCCCUCCUAGCGCAACAAUUUUUUCAGAGCCCCCCCUUCGGGUGUCUAAAAAUUUUUGGAGCCCCCCCUCAAUAUCUUCAUCCCCUCCCCCUUGUCAUAUUAAAUGAACUUUCCCUUAUACCUAAAUCUGCAAAUAAUGUUACAGAUUAAUACCAUCAAUCACGGCACAAUUGGGCCUUGAAGUAGCCUGCGAGUAGCUCUCCAUUUCGAGUUCAGAGCAAGUAGCAUAGCCUCCCUUUUCAUGUGCUGUUCAUGUGAAACUCACCAAGAUAAAGAGCUUGCUUGCUGGCUAACCGUGAUGAUAAAGGUAGCCUAUGAGGUACAUGAACGUAUAAUUUUCCCAAAGGACUGUGCAGAGCGUGUACAGUUUCUCGCAAGUAAGCCUCUUUACAACCAAAAUUGACUUUUCAAUUGUUGCUACAGUUCUGCGCCCUGAGGGUCCCUUGAGGACUUUUUAAAUGCACCAUUUCACUAAAAAUUAUGUGAAUCUCACAAUGGCACAGUCUGGUGAGAACACUGAUUAUAUACUGAGAUAAAUAAUUACUGUCAAUUUGUUAGCUCCUAAUGCUGUCAACAUGAGAGAUAUCUGAUGAGAUGAGAUAUCUGAAUGGAAAGAGACAAUGUUUAGACUAUGAGCCAUGUCAAUUUUUUCUCUUUACAAGAGAAAAAGGCAUUAGAAUAAGAGGAAAAUGAAAUCUUUUUUUGUCCCUCUCACACGUUGCCAUAUUAUUCUCUUGCUUGCUUUAAUUGAUUGUAUAAUGAAAAAUGGAGCUGUUUUGGACGGUGUACACAAUAUUGGACUUAUGUUUCUUAAAAGGAAACAACUCAUGGCUUUGCAUAUUUGUGGGGUUUUUUAUGCACAUUUCCAUGUCCAAGUUUACUCAUUCUUCGGGUCAGUAGCACUAAUUUGUGACUUGGCAUGUUUGCCUACAUUUCAGGGCCUAAACUUGUUCACAUAUCAGCCCAGUAUUGCUGGCACAUGGUGGAUCAAGGGUGGUGCUCUGCGGUACAGAUAUAUCAACAGCACUGUACAAGAGGGAGAUACAAUCUUCAUAGAUUUUAGCCCGAAAGGGGACAGCGUACAAACACUCUUUGAGUAUGGCGUGUUUGCUUCAGAGGGAAGCAAAUUCUUCAGUCCUUUGCCAGAGCUUAACAGUCGAAUGCGCAGAAGAUUAGCCGACAUGUUAAAACUCAAGAAACGAGUGAAAUACAGUGACAAAUUCACAUUUAAAGCUGCCGGUCUUCCCAGCUUUAGAGUCCAAGCGCUAUCAGACAAAGAUGUAGAUAAGUUGGUGAGGGUAGGCAGCAACGAAAAGAAAUUAUCCGAGUUAAAGAAGGUAUUUAACAGCCCCUCGCUUCACAUUCAGAGCAAUUCAUUUUACUCUUGCAAAGACGAGGUAGUUGCCUUGAAUUUGCUGUCGUUACAUCUGCGAGAUGAGUUGUCUGGUAAAUCUACGGGGAUGCCCGAGGAUGAAGAAAUUCUUACUCAAGAUAUUCCAGAAAGGCAACGCACAGCUGUCGAGUUUAGGCUUAAGUUUAAAAGGCUAGUUACAAAUUAUCUUGACAUAACUAGCGCCCGAGCAAUAGAGACAAAAAGGGAAUGUUUAUCACGAAAAAGAGACGAACUUUAA